CUGGGGCCCAGGCAGCGAGCUGCUUUUGGUUUUCGGCGCUAGAGAGGUGCGAGGUCCGGAGUGCGCACUUCCUUUACCAGCCUGCGACCUCGUGGUUGAACAUUAAAAUGCUACGAUAGAAGGCUGCCAGCUAGAUUGAGCUGCGUAUGUCACAGGGUCGUUUUGUGGACCGGCUGAAUGGUGGGAGGCGAGAGACCUGGCUUCCUGUGCUUUUUCUACCACGAUGUGUUUUGUGUCUUUGUUUUGAUUUUUUUUUUUUUUAAUUUUGACGUGGCCCAAGUUUACUUGGCCUAAACUCUCUGAAUCUUGAUUUCCCCGUAUCUAAAGUAAGGGGCCGUCUACAAUCUCAGACAUUCCAUCCUUCGUGUGUCUACCAUCUCUAGUGCUAACACAGGGCACAUCUUGAAUGCAGACACGGAACUACUAGUGAACCAUUAUAUAGAGGCAGCGUGCACCCCCAGCAAUGAGAGUGGCCACUCCAAGCUCCUCCCUGGGAACUAAACUCAGCAUCUCAAAUCAAGCUGCCAGAGCUUUGAACUGUGUUAAGUAGUCCACGCAGGAAACUGAGUAUACCAUAUCAGAACCAUUGGAGGAAAACUAGGAGAAGGUAGAGUCACAGAAGCUAAGAAAAAAAUAUCAAGAAACUUGGAGUGACCAAUGGUAUCCAGUGCCACAAGACAAUCAAGUAAAAUGAGAGAAAAUUUCCUUUUAGAUGGCAGUUCCUGGAUUUACCUUUGGUGCAUUCAUACUUGUGUUGCACGUUAGUUCUGUGGCUAAUUAUCCCAGCGGAAAAGUAGGAAAGUCAUGCCAUGGAAUGGUUCCUGAACACAGUCAUACUGCACGUUCUGACCCUGUUCACAACGUUUCAGUGAGUCAGAUGACAUUCAGACCAGGAGACCAGAUUGAAGUUACUUUGUCAGGGCUACCAUUUAGAGGCUUUCUUUUAGAAGCACGUAAUGCUGAGGAUUUGAGUGGCCCUCCUAUUGGCUCCUUCACAUUGAUUGACAGUCAAGUGUCGCAGCUUCUGACCUGUGAGGAUGUACAGGGAUAUGCUGUGAGUCACACAAAUCCAUCCAAGAAAACAAAAAUUAAAGUCUACUGGAAUGCUCCAAGCAAUUCUCCAAAUCACAUAAAGUUUCUAGUCACAGUUGUUGAGAAGUAUAAAAUCUACUGGGUGAAGAUUCCUGGCCCUGUAAUUUCACAGCCCAAUGCACCGCCUUUUACAACACCUGAAGCUACAGUAGCACCUUUGUCAACAUUACCUCCUGUAUCCCAUUUAACCAAAUCAUUCAGUGCUUCAGAUUGUGGGAACAAGAAGUUCUGUAUUCGGAGUCCUUUGAACUGUGACCCAGAGAAGGAGCGUGCCUGUUUCUUCUUGUCCUUCACACGAGAUGACCAAUCAGUGGUGGUUGAAAUGAGCGGUCCCAGUAAAGGCUAUUUAUCCUUUGCAUUUUCUCAUGACAGAUGGAUGGGUGAUGAUGAUGCUUAUGUGUGUAUUCAUGAAGAUCACACUGUGCACAUACAACCAUCCCGUUUGAUGGGGCGAAGUCACCCUGUGAUGGACUCCAGGGGUGCUCUUGAGGAUAUGGCUUGGAGGCUGGCGGAUGGUGUUAUGCAGUGUUCUUUCAGAAGAAACAUUACCCUUCCUGGGGUUAAGAACAGAUUUGAUCUAAACACAAGCUACUACAUCUUUCUAGCAGAUGGUGCAGCUGACAAUGGUCGAAUAUAUAAGCAUUCUCAGCAACCUUUGAUUACAUAUGAGAAACAUAAUGUGACAGACUAUCCAAAGAAUGUGGGAGGCUCCCGUUCUUUAUUUCUUCUGAAGGCUCAUGGUGCUUUAAUGUUUGUGGCAUGGAUGACUACUGUUAGCAUAGGUGUGCUCAUGGCUCGGUUCUUCAAAUUUGUUUGGGCAAAGCCUGUUUUUGGUCAAGCAGCUUGGUUUCAGGUACAUCGGACGCUCAUGCUCACUACUACUGCCCUCACCUGCAUUGCUUUUGUUCUGCCUUUUAUUUACAGAAGAGGCUGGAGUUGGUAUGCAGGUUAUCACCCAUACCUUGGCUGUAUAGUGAUGGUUUUAGCAGUUCUUCAGACUCUUCUGGCAGCUUUCAGGCCACCUUUAUAUGACCCCAGAAGGCAAAUGUUUAACUGGACGCACUGGAGUAUGGGAACAGCUGCUAGAAUAAUAGCAGUGGCAGCAAUGUUCCUGGGAAUGGAUUUACCAGGACUGAACCUUCCUGGCCCAUGGAAAACCUAUGCAAUGACUGGAUUUGUAGCCUGGCAUGUUGGGACUGAAAUUGUCCUGGAGAUACAUGCUUACCGACUUUCCCGAAAAGUUGAAAUAUUGGAUGAUGCCAGAAUUCAGAUCCUUCAGUCAUUUACUGUAGCUGAAGCGGAAGGACAUGCUUUUAAAAAGGUGGCGUUAGCAGUUUAUAUCUGUGGGAAUGUGACUUUUCUCAUCAUAUUCUUAUCUGCAAUCAAUCAUCUAUGAGCAAGCAAAGACCUUGGCUUUGCAGACCAGAUGAUAAUUAUCAUUAAGCCAAAGAAACUUGAAGCCUGUACCGACUGCCUGGAACGUAUUCAUGAAUUCUAAUUUGGAAGACCAGGCCAUGUCUGUAGAGGAAUUCCGAAGUAUGGUCCUUAGGGAUCAGCUUUCAGCAGGGUCCUAUGGAUUCGAAAAAGGAUAUCAAGCCUUUAUGUGUGAUUCUGAGUGUUACCAAGGAAGGUUGUACUUGAGGAGAAGUGAUUAUCAAAUAUUUUCUAUGAUGAGAUUUUUAGAAUGUUAGCAUUUAAGAAAAUAACUGUUUGGAAAAGCAGAAAUGAUGUCAUUUGGAUGAAAUGGGGAUUCUAUUAAGGUACAUGUAUUUUGGGCUAUAAAGGUACUGUGGUACUUUAAAGAAACCAUCUAUACUUUUUAUCAGGAUGGUUUUUCUUAGGACUUUUUGUGAAACUAUGUUUUCCAGUACAGUGUUUUGGACAUGUC